AUGGAACUGAUUCUCAUCUGUUUCCAUCCUUUCCAUGUCAUCAGGCAGACGCUCGAGUCGGAGCUGCGACGGGCCGCAGCAGCUACAGUUCAGCUGGAGAGGGCCAAAGCUUGCCAGAAAGCCGUGGAAGAGGAGGCUAAGGAAGUUGAAGCGAAAAGGCAAAGAUCUCAAGCUGAGUUGAUGGCGCCCGCUGAAGCGGAUUCGGCUGAAGGGCAGCCACCAACGGAGCCCGAGGAAGCAUUGAGCGAGCAGAGCUGCGAAGCCUCUCGCGCCCUCGAGGUCGAGAAGCCGGAAAGGUCACAGAGCGAGGCGCUCUUUGCUGCGCCUGGCAAAGCCCAGCCCAUCCCUGGCAUGCGCUGCAGCAUUAAAACCCCCUUCCGCUGCAGCACGCGCCUGGCCGGAAAUUCCUCUUACGGUGCCUCCUCCCCAGGGCGCCUCGCGAGGCCCAGCUUUGGCCAACCCUUUCGGCCGCAAGUUCUCGUGACUCAGCUUCCUUCCCGAGGCAUGUGA